AUGCCGCUAUCGGGCGUGGUCACCCCGCUCGAGUCGCAGGUCGGCGGCCACCCCGGCGUGCUCGCGAGCGAGGACGGCUCGCUGCUCAUCAAGCCCGCGCUCGAGCACGAAGUCGCGUUCUACCACUCGCUCUCGACAAACCCGGACUUUGCGCCCCUGCGCCCGUUCGUGCCGAAGUUCUACGGCACACUGCGUCUUGAAGGUCAAGUGGACAACAGCGCACCGGCGGGCGAACAGGGCGGGCCGCUUGUGGUCGUGGACACGUUCGCGGAUACACAUUCCAUCGUGCUGGAGAACCUUUCACACCGCUUCCUGAAGCCGAACAUCCUCGAUAUCAAGCUCGGCACGGUGCUGUACGACGAUGAAGCCACCCCGGAGAAACGCGCGCGCAUGGAGAAGACUGCGCGCGACACGACGUCGUUCGAGACUGGGGUGCGCCUGACGGGUUUCCAAGUGUACGAUUUGGUCACUGGCAAGGUGGUGAACACCCCAAAGGCGUACGGGAAGUCAAUAAAAGCUGCAGAUCUCCCUGACGGGAUCGCUCGGUUCUUUCCCAUCGCACCUGAGGCUCCCCCACCUGAGACGAACGCGCCCGCCACCGUGACGAUCGCCGUCCCGGGCAACGAACCCAGCCAAGGCACAGGCCUCCCCGCGGACAUUCUCGAACCUAUCCUGGAGUCCCUGCGGGAAGACAUCGCCGAGAUCCGCGACGCGCUCGCAGAAGUGCACAUGCGCAUGGUUGGCGGCAGCCUUCUUGUCAUCUACGAAGCCGACUUGGAACGCGCACGCGAAGGCCUCCAUUGGCUCGAGGAAGGCGGCGACGAGGAAGACGAGGAUGAAGAUGAGGACGAGGCGGACGAGAACGGGAGCAAGCAGCCCGUAGGACCGCCGUACAUCGUCAAGUUGAUCGACUUCGCGCAUACGAAGAUCGUGCCUGGGGCUGGGCCGGACGAGGGCGUGCUUAAGGGCGUGGACACUGUGCUCAGCCUACUUCACGGACGCAUAGAGCAGGUCAAGGCCGCUGCUGCUUCGUCGAAAGAAUAA